UUUUUGUUCGUAUAUUUUAAUGUAUCUUUUCAAUAAUCGGAAAGUGUUCUUGAGAGUUUCCAAGAAGGUAUAUGUAAUAAGAGCAAAGAUCAAGCAGUAAAUUGGCAUUAAAAUGAUUGACGUUGAUAAGAAGUUAUUUUCCACGAGUCGAUAAGAGAGGAAUCUAUCUAUUGAUUAAAGUGACACGAAGAUUGUCAAUUAUGGAUGUAAUUAGAACAGAACCCUCCAAGGCGUCAGCCAGGUCAAUUCCUAAGAAGCCUCGAUCCUGCCCAAAUGUCCUGUCAUACUCUCAUCUAAGGACACUUUCUCUGGCCUUGGAGAGAGAGAGACAGGAUGUGGAAGGACUCGGUAGGGCAGAAACAAAGCCCAGCCUAGGAAACAAAGCGCCUUGGCCGGCGCCAGGAAGUCUCGUACCAUUUUCUAAAAAGUCACGUAGAUUCAGGCAGCACAGAGCAAGAGUCAGUCACAAGCAGUUAGUCAAUCAGAGGAGUGACUCCGCAUCAGUCACGAGGAGAGCUUAG